AUGGACGAACAAGUGCCCACAUUCUUGGCAGUCACUGGUACCGAGGAUGCUGAUGUUGCCAAGCAGUAUUUGGAACUCACUGGAGGAGAUUUGGAGUAUGCUGUGACUUUAUUCAUGGAAUCUCAACCGCCAUCAACUGCAAACCCUCACGCUGACGAUGAACUGUACGCCCAAAGAUUGCAGCAGGAGGCCUAUGGCGCACAAGAAGAACCUAGAGCAGCCGAUACUGCCAUUCAUAGACACGAGACCUUGGUCGACGGGUUUGGCGGUGGCGGUUUUAACCUUCCUGACAUGAUCAGCGACCGUCCCACAGAUAUUUUUGGAGCAGGCAGAACUGGUAUUUUUAACCAGAGGUUCGAUGAAGAGGAGAACGAUUACUACACUCAACGCUCAUUGGAGGAGGAUAACCCUUACGAAGAGGACGAAGAUGAAAUCAUUGUGUUAGACAGCGACGAGGAAGAACCAGUAAGAACCUCCAGGAGAAGGCAGAAUAGGCAAAACAGAGACGAGGAAUUGACCUCAAACCAGAGAAGAUUACUCAAUUUGUUCAGACCACCCUUCGAUAUCAUGUCGAAGAUAAGCCUCGACAACGCCAAAAAGCAAGGCCGAGAAGAAAAGAAAUGGAUAUUGAUCAAUAUUCAAGAUGCUUCUGAAUUCCAGUGCCAAGUGCUAAAUAGAGACUUCUGGUCAAACUCGAGAGUGAAGCAAGUCGUCAAUGAUGAAUUCAUUUUCAUGCAAUACCAGAACGAUUCACCAAAUGGUGUGAAUUACUUAAAUUUCUAUUCUACGAGUGCAUUUCCACAUAUUGCGAUUCUAGAUCCAUUGACCGGUGAAAGAGUGCGUACAUGGACCGAUGGUGAGGUGCCACAAGCGUCUGAGUGGGUUCUGGAGGUAGAGCAAUUCUUGACCGAAUUCUCCCUCAACCCCGAUUCAAAUAAUCCUGUGGUCAGGCAUGAAGUCAAAUUUGACCCUGAUGCAUUAACUGAAGAGCAGCAGAUUGAAUUCGCUUUGAAACAAUCUAUCAGGGAUAACGAGGGGAAUUCCGAGGAAAAUGCUAUUGCUUUAGAUGAGCAACUGGUAGACACAGAUCCUAAGGAACUGGUGGAACCCAAAGAUCCUUUCGAUUUAUUGGUACCUACAGAUCACAUAGAACCCACGGAUGGAGCUACAACUCGAAUUCAAGUGAGAUUUCCGAAUGGUAAAAGAUCCAUUCAUAAGUUUGCUUUAUCAGACCAGGUAAGAACUAUUUUCCAAUGGCUCAAGUUUACCCUCAGCCAGCAACCCGAAGAAUUUGGCUUGAGCAGCGAUGAAAGAUUCACCUUGUCGAACAACGCCCACAAGUCAUUAAAAUUGAUAGAGUCCCUAGAUUUGACGGUUGACGAAGCGAACUUGAAAAAUGCAAGUUUAUUGUUAGAAAAGGCUUAG